AUGGAUAGAUUUGGAUUGAAUGGGCUACUGUCUCUCGUGAAAAUGGAACAAACAGACCAAACUGUAUUUGCGAUAGGACAAGACAUAAAUUUACUUGGAUUGGACUUAUCGACCGACUCACAAAUUUUAAAGAAGUUACCAUCUCCAUGGGCAGAAACCUCUAGAUCGGAAGUGGAGCCUUAUUUCACGUUGCCGGAAUCUAUCCGUUCAGAAAAUAUCAUACCACUUCCAGAGCCUUGUGACAGUAAGAUACAAUCGUUUUCCGACGAAACGUUAUUUUACAUUUUCUACAUGAAGCCUAGAGACACAUUACAGGAAUAUGCUGCACGCGAGUUAGUAGCGAGAAACUGGAGAUAUCAUAAAGACAUACAAGUAUGGUUAACUAAAGAUAGUAAUGUUGAGCCAGUACUUAUUAGCCAGGAUGUUGAAAAGGGUGUGUAUAUAUUCUUUGACCCACAUAACUGGGAGAAGAUUAAGAAAGAGUUUGUUCUACAUUAUUCUUCUGUGCAAGCGUAA